AGACGUGCCUACAGCAGACUAGACCUCGCCCCAACUGCCGCGGAGUUCGCGGCAGAGGCAGGUGCGGGACUCAGUCGCCACCCAGACUCCGCCAUGUUGGGGCUUGUGGGUCGUGUGGCCGCUGCGUCGGCCUCCGGGGCCUUGCGAGGACUUAGCCCAUCAGCGUCGCUGCCCCAAGCACAGCUCUUGCUGCGGGCCGCCCCGGCAUUGCUCCAGCCUGGCAGAGACUAUGCAGCGCAAACAUCUCCUUCCCCAAAGGCAGGCGCCGCCACGGGGCACAUCGUGGCAGUCAUCGGUGCAGUGGUGGACGUCCAGUUUGAUGAAGGACUACCCCCCAUCCUAAAUGCUCUGGAAGUGCAAGGCAGGGAUACCAGGCUGGUUUUGGAGGUGGCCCAGCAUUUGGGUGAGAGCACAGUAAGGACCAUUGCUAUGGAUGGCACUGAAGGCUUGGUUAGAGGCCAGAAAGUCCUGGAUUCUGGUGCACCAAUCAGAAUUCCUGUUGGCCCUGAGACCUUAGGCAGAAUCAUGAAUGUCAUUGGAGAACCUAUUGAUGAGAGAGGUCCCAUCAAAACCAAACAGUUUGCUGCUAUUCAUGCUGAGGCUCCUGAGUUCGUGGAGAUGAGUGUUGAGCAGGAAAUUCUGGUUACUGGUAUCAAGGUUGUGGAUCUGCUGGCACCCUAUGCGAAGGGUGGCAAAAUUGGGCUUUUUGGUGGUGCUGGAGUUGGCAAGACGGUACUGAUCAUGGAAUUAAUCAACAAUGUUGCCAAAGCCCAUGGUGGUUACUCUGUGUUUGCUGGUGUUGGUGAGAGGACCCGCGAGGGCAAUGACUUAUACCAUGAAAUGAUCGAGUCUGGUGUUAUCAACUUGAAAGAUGCUUCCUCUAAGGUAGCGCUGGUGUACGGUCAGAUGAAUGAACCACCUGGUGCUCGUGCCCGAGUAGCUUUGACUGGACUGACUGUGGCUGAAUACUUCAGAGACCAAGAAGGUCAAGAUGUACUGCUGUUCAUUGAUAACAUCUUUCGCUUCACCCAGGCUGGCUCAGAGGUGUCUGCCUUAUUGGGCAGAAUUCCCUCUGCUGUGGGCUAUCAGCCUACCCUGGCUACUGACAUGGGUACCAUGCAGGAAAGAAUCACCACCACCAAGAAGGGAUCUAUCACCUCCGUACAGGCUAUCUAUGUGCCUGCUGAUGACUUGACUGACCCUGCUCCUGCCACUACGUUUGCCCAUUUGGAUGCUACCACUGUGCUCUCCCGUGCUAUUGCUGAGCUGGGCAUCUAUCCAGCUGUGGAUCCUCUAGAUUCCACCUCUCGAAUCAUGGAUCCCAACAUUGUUGGCAGUGAGCAUUAUGAAGUUGCCCGGGGGGUGCAAAAGAUAUUACAGGACUACAAAUCCCUCCAGGACAUCAUUGCUAUCCUGGGCAUGGAUGAACUCUCUGAGGAAGACAAGCUGACUGUGUCUCGUGCGCGGAAAAUACAGCGUUUCUUGUCCCAGCCAUUCCAGGUUGCUGAGGUCUUCACAGGUCACCUGGGAAAGCUCGUACCCCUGAAGGAGACCAUCAAAGGAUUUCAGCAGAUUUUAGCAGGUGAGUAUGACCAUCUCCCAGAGCAGGCCUUCUACAUGGUGGGACCCAUUGAAGAAGCUGUGGCAAAAGCUGAUAAGCUGGCUGAAGAGCAUUCGUGAGGGAGUCCUUUGGGCAAACUGUCCACUGUGUUCUCCAUCUCCUUGUCCCCCCCAAUCCAAAAAGCUUCAGUUUUCUGUGUAGGCCACAGGAGAGCCUCGUUUGAAGAUGUUGUGUUCUGUCUUAAGAGUAUUUAAGGUUUCCAAUAAAACAUACAUCCCUCAGA